AUGUGCAAUAGCAGCUUUCGUGUUGAAUAUUUACCAUCUUUACUCAGCAAAACCAUAAAACACUGUACGAUUCCUCCUACAGCUGAGGUUAGAGAGUUUGACUACACGACAUACGACACCAGCAAGAUCAUGAUACUACAGCUCGGCCUACAGUACAGCAUUGAGUCGGAGACCCUGUGUGCCAUGCAAUGUAAAAAUGUCAACAUGACGUGCUAUGGUUUCAGCUACAACGUUGACAACAAACUUUGUUCGUUAGGCUCUUGGCUGGUACCCAACAACGGCAGCGGACCACGGGAAAACCUGUUCUCCCUGGGGCCGUUCUGCAACACGACAGCCAACGUGACCUUGCAGCCAGACGGCGACCUAACCUCUUGUGACAAAUACGCAUGCUCAGCUCACCAAGUCAGUGUCGGCAAGAACACGAUAGUCGAGAACAUUCCACGUUACAAAUCGUGCAGUGACGUCACAAACCCAACGAGCCCGCGUCAACUGAUCCGGCUUUACAACGGUCUAGUCGUCAUGUGCGACACAGUUACUGACGGUGGCGGAUGGACCAUUUUCCAAAGACGCAUCACCGGAGAUUUGGGGUUUAAUCGGAACUGGGCGGAGUAUAAAGAGGGGUUUGGGGACUACGGGGACGGGGAGUUCUAUCUUGGGAAUGAAAACAUCCACUGUAUGACAAGUAACGGGGUGUACAACAUGAGGACGGACGUGAAGUGGCUGGGUAACGACUACGCCUUCAACUUCACCGGAUUUCGUUUAGCCAACGAGUCAAAGAACUACGCCUUCAUCGUGUCCUCCGCGAGCCCACUGGUCUACGGCAACCACAACAACUCCUUGUUUUCCACCUACGACAGAGACAACGACCCUGGCACAAAAAGCAGCUGUGCCCUGGCCUUCAAGACCGCCUGGUGGUACUGCGCAGGGUGUCAGCACUUCAACCUCAACGGCGUGUGGGGUCAGACCGGCGUCUAUGGGGUCUACGCCAAGACGCUGUCUUUUGAAAGUGGUAUCAACUUCACCGAGAUGAAAUUUAGACCUGGUUAA